AUGGUGCAGGAAGAGGGGCGAGGGUCGAAAGCCACUUCGGCAAGUGAGACAACCUUCGAAGAACCCAAAGACAUGGACAUGGAGACAAGCAAACGAGAAGAUGGGUCCAAGACGGAUCUAGAAGAAACCAAGGACGAUGAGAUUGUGGCGGAGAAGCCAGCUGAAGGAGAGGUGGAUAAUGAGGACGGUGUCGAGUACCCGCAUGGUGUCAAAUUAUGGGUUAUUCUUUCUGCCCUCUGUUUAGCUGUCUUUUUGGUAGCUCUUGAUCAAACGAUUAUCUCUACAGCAAUUCCCAAAAUCACAGACAAAUUCAACAGUAUCCAAGACAUAGGCUGGUAUGGCAGUUCAUAUCUCCUCACCACAACAGCUCUCCAACCCACCUUUGGACGCAUCUACACAAUCUUCAGCAUCAAAAGCACCUUCAUCGUAGCCAUUGCACUUUUCGAAUUAGGAUCCCUCGUCUGCGCAACCGCGCCAACAAGCAAAGCUCUAAUUGUAGGACGAGCUAUUGCUGGUCUUGGAUCAGGAGGUCUCUUCUCUGGUGCGGUUGUCAUUCUCGCCUAUUGUUUACCGCUUCGAAAAAGACCAGCGGCGUUUGGUCUCAUUGGUGGCAUGUGGGGUAUUGCGUCGGUAGCUGGACCUCUUUUGGGAGGAGUUUUCACUGAUAAGGUCUCUUGGCGUUGGUGCUUCUACAUCAACCUCCCAAUCGGCGCCAUAGCCAUUGUAGUAAUCCUCCUCGUUCUCAAAAUCGACCGAGACAACAACCCAGACAAGCUCUCUUACGUCCAGAGAAUCCUCAAGCUAGACCUCAUCGGCGCUGCCCUAAUCAUCCCUACCGUUAUCAUGCUGCUGUUAGCUCUACAGUGGGGAGGAUCGACCUAUCCUUGGAAAGAUUCGAGGAUUAUUGGGUUGUUCUGUGGAUUUGGGGGGAUGUUGAUCAUUUUUGUUUAUUCGCAGUUGAGGUUGGGAGAUAAAGCUACGUUGCCUCCUAGGUUGUUUAAGGAUCGGAAUGUCGUCCUGGCUCUAGCCUUCGGCUUCUUCUUCGGCUCCGCCUUCUUCGCCCUCAUCUUCUACCUCGCCAUCUAUUUCCAAUCCGUCAAAGGCUCCUCCGCGACCCACGCCGGCAUCCAAUUGCUCCCUCUCCUCAUAACCACCGUCCUCUCCUCCAUCGCCACCGGCGGCCUCAUCACCGCCCUCGGCUACUACGUCCCCAUCAUGCUCGUCUGCAUGGUCCUCUUCUCUAUCGGCGCAGGCCUCAUCACCACCUUCGGCCUCAACACCGGCACCGGCAUGUGGUUCGGGUACCAAGUGCUCACAGGCGCUGGCAUCGGCGUCGGUUUCCAAGGCGCCAUUAUCACGGUGCAAACCGUGCUCCCGCUGGUCGACGUCCCGGUCGCCACCGCAUGCGUAUCCUUCUUCCAAUCCCUCGGCGGCGCGCUGUUCAUCUCGGUCGCGCAAACGCUGUUCCAGAACGGGCUGCUGUCGGGGAUCGAGCGGUACGCGCCGGCGUUGGACGCGCAGGCUUUUCUGCACAGUGGCGCGACGGAGAUCAGGACGCUGUUGAAGGAGAUGGGGCAGGAGGGGCAGUUGGAGGCGGUGUUGCGGGCGUAUGUGGAUGGGCUAAGGCAUACGUUUUGGAUUACGGCGGCGUGUGCUAUUGCGGCGUUCUUUUGCGCGUGUGGGUUGGAGUGGAAGAGUGUUAAAAAGGGGCAUGGGCAGGAGAGGGAAUGA